AUGUCCGGCGAUACCGUUCAGCCACAACUGGCAGGAGAAGCUGCCCCGGAGGCACCUUCCACCUCCGCGACAACCAACACUGCCUCCGAGGCCGCCGGAGUCGGCAGCAGAGUCACCAAGAAUGGCAGCGUGUCCAAGAUGCGCUCCCAUAGGGGUAACGUCCCGACGCUCCCACAGACAAAGUUCUGUCCUCUGUGUCCGGCAAGGUUCACGCGGACGACCCAUUUGAAUCGACACCUCAAGACUCACUCUAAUGAACGACUUCACGAAUGCGACCGAUGCCAUGCUCAGUUCACUCGUAGUGACCUACUUACCCGGCACAAACGUACCUGCGCCGAUUCAUCUGCUAACCGGUCGCGACGCAAAUCAUGCCAAAACUGCGCCGACUCGAAGGUCAAGUGUGAUCUGGGACGGCCAUGCACGAAAUGCAAAGCUCGUGGCCGCGAGUGCGUCUAUCUAAACACCCCGGGGAUCGGCUCGAACACCGAGGCCUGCGCCAAUAAUUCCCAGGACGUCGCUUCGUCCCCAGAGGUUAGCACGGUCUCGCCGUCUACUUCAUCGACGCAGCCGGAUUCCUCACCCGAGGUGAACGUCUCUCCUCAAACAUCGAACAGCUCCUCGGAAACGGUCUCAAAUCCAACGACAGCCCCUGACCUUCUAAACCAUCCACCCCCGCUGUCUUCUUUCUCCAUACCAGCUGACCCACUUGACCUCAACACUACACUUCCCGUGUUCAACACGAGUGCGCUUGUCGCAUCCACCGCGGGAGAUCCUGAAAGCCCUGGGGAGAAAAGCUACCUCACUGAACUGUUCUCGAGCGAGAUGUACGACAAUCUUUUCUCGGGUCUCUUCACGUCCAGCUUCCAAAAGAACCCGACCGUCCCCGGUCACCACUUUAACAUGGAUUCCACUUCGAUCCUCACAGACCGUCUGGAGUUCACAACUAUCGACCAAGCGAUCAUCGAACAAUAUUUUGGCACCCACAACGCUAGCUUGGCGAUGUAUCCGAAUCUUUCAGACCCUGCCUUCCCAUCCGACCCUCUGGAGAGCAUCUCGGAGCAGGAGAUCAUCGAGCCCCUUCCGCCGCCGCCGCCGCCGACGGACCAAACGGUUGCAGUCAUCAACCCCGAGAUGCCAACGGUGGCAGAGUACUACCAGUUCGUCAUGGCAUUCCUCACGACAUACGCGUGGCACAUGCCGAUCGUACACGUCCCCACGUUCCUAAUGGAGUCUCGACAUCCUGCCCUGGUCAAAGCGUCAAAAGCCUGUGGCGCGAUGUACUCAGGCACACAAGCGGCGACAAAUUUCAUAGAUCGAGUCCUCGCGACUGUGCGCGACGACAUCAUCGCUGACCUGUCCCAUGCGACAGAUUACGACACCAUCAUCCAGUUAACUUUAGCAUCGGUGAUGGUCCAGACCAUCGGGAUGUUCCACAAGAAUCCUGAGCAACGAGCCAAGUCAAAUGUUUAUCAUGGUAUGAUCGUGAUGAUGCUCCGGAUGAACGGCUUCGUUGAGAAGACACGUGACUGGAAGCUUCCGGAAAUUAACUUCAACGACCCAGUGUCGGUGCAGACGGGGUGGAGAGAGUGGGUCAGACACGAGUCUGCCAAGAGGGCGCUCUGGAUUUGUUACCUCCACGACUGUUGUCACUCCAUCUACUUCAACCUCUCUCCAACCUUCCACACCGAGCAAUUCACUCUGGGCUUGCCGGCAGAGGAUGGCCUCUGGACUGCAAAGGACGCUACCGAAUGGGCCGCGCUCCUCAACACACCCUCCCCCUACGGAAACAUGGAGGUCCGGCUCCGCGGGACCUACCUCAAAGCCCUCUAUUUCUAUCUGGCGCAGAACAACCCGAGCAACGAGCCGCGCCCCUUCCACCUCACGCCCUUCGGGCACUUCCUCAUGAUCCAUGCCAUGAUGCGCAAGCUGUUCGAGAUGUACCUUCGCGACCGCCUCCAGUUCCACCAACCGGGCGACGCAGGCGGGCGCCCGAAGCUGAAUCCGCACUUCGUCGACAAGGACCGCGUCUUCCACGUCCAGAUCCUCCUGCACUACUGGCUCCAGAGCUGGUUGCAGUCUCCCGAGACGCCGCGGGACGUGCCCGAGUCACAGCAGCGCUUUUGCUUCAAUGCCCUUCCGUUCUACUGGCUCGCGCAGGCGGGGCUCGUCGCGUAUCAGGAGGGGCUCCCACCAUUCGACCCCGAGGGGACGUACAUCUCGUCGCACGAGUUGAAGUUCUCCCUGGUGAAGAAGUGGGAGAAGCAUAUCAGGAAAUUCUUGGAGACCAACGAGCAGACGCCGACGAUGUUCUGGGACGAGGUAAUGAAAGGCCGCAUCGAUAGCUGGCAACAGGAGUCCGGUUUCGAGUACUCGCACCUACUUGGCUUCUUCCACCCUCGCGACCCGGCGACCACAGCAGCUGCUUCUAGCUCAGCUGCGGCAUCGGACUCGGCGACCACUGCGGUAUGA